UGGACAAUUGUCCCUGAUUUUACACAUCAUGCCCACUCUGCCUCAUUGUCAGCAGUAGCAGUGAGUAACAGAUAUGUGGUCACUGGGAGCAGAGAUGAAACAAUCCAAAUCUAUGACAUGAAAAAGAAGAUAGAACAUGGGGCACUCCUGCAGCACAAUGGCACAGUAACUUGUUUGGAGUUCUACAGUACUGCGCAUCUACUGAGUGGGGCUGAAGAUGGACUAAUUUGUAUCUGGAACACGAAGAGGUGGGAAUGCCUGAAAUCUAUUAAAGCACAUAAGGGGCACGUGACAUCUCUUUCUAUUCAUCCUUCUGGGAAAUUAGCUUUAUCAGUAGGAACAGAUAAAACAUUAAGAACUUGGAAUCUUGUAGAAGGACGAUCAGCCUUUAUCAAAAACCUGAAGCAAAAUGCCCACAUAAUUAAAUGGUCCCCUGAUGGAGAGAGGUAUGUGACCGUGAUAACAAAUAAAGUGGAUAUCUACAAACUUGACACAGCUUCAAUCACUGGCACUAUCACAACAGAGAAGAGAAUUUCUUCACUCAGAUUUAUUACAGAUUCUAUCUUUGCCAUAGCUGGAGAUGAUGAAAUCGUAAGGUUCUACAGCUGUGACUCUCAAAAAUGCCUGUGUGAGUUUAAAGCUCAUGAAAACAGAAUAAAAGAUCUCUAUAGUUUUGAAAAAGAAGGACAACAUGUUAUUGUUACUGCAUCCAGUGAUGGUUACAUUAAAAUGUGGAGUGUGGAUCUUAAUAAGAUUCAAGAUGUGCCAUCUUUACUGUGUGAAGUCAAUACCAAAGCUAGGCUGACAUGUCUUGCAGUAUGGCUUGACCGAGCUUCAGAAAUUAAACAAAACUCUUCUAAAGCUGCAACAACAUCUCAGGCAAAUGAAGAUGAAAAAUCAUCAAUAGUCAAGAAAAACAAGGUGUGUUGGGCUGAUAAAAAUGAUAAAACAGCAAAAAGAAAGAGAAAAAUUACUCCAGAGAAGCAAAAAUUGGAAGCUCCACUGCAAAAGAAGAAAAAGAAAUGGAAUAGCUCAGCAUGAAGGCAGCUACUUUUUUCUCUCCUGAAUAAAAAGUAAAUGCUGGCGUUGCUGUAGUUUUCAUAAGGAUGUAUAAACCUCUGACAAGACAUAUACCUCUGUACUGAUCUGUUGUUUAAAAGCAAUGGAUGUUUUAACCCUAAUAAAUUGCCUGGUUGUUCUGGGAACU